AUGAUGAUUAUAAACUUAUUGUCUUGGACACUCUCUAUUUAUACUCUUGCAUGUUGUCAUCACACGACUAUGUUUAAAGUAGGAUCAAUCAAUCAAUCAAUCAAUCUUGCAAAUUGUCACUCUACUGAUGACAACAACAUUCUAUCAGUGUUGGUUUAUUAUAAACAACACCAUUCAUUUAUUCCACACACCUUUUGGACGACUAUAAAUACAAUUGCAAUUCAUUAUUAUUUAAUAUCAUCAAAUCAACAACAACAACAACAAUCAACUAAAUAUUCAAGUUAUCUUUUAAACACACCAAAUACUUUAAUUAUUAAAAUGCUUUUCAAAACAUUAUCCAAUAUGUCAUCGAUCAACCAAUUCUCAUCAUCGAUUGGUCAAUCAAAUACAAUGAUCAACAACAAUAAUAAUAAUAGUUCACAUCAAUCAAUGAUGAAUAUCAAUCAAACAUCAGCAUUCUCACGUCCAUAUUGGUGCAAAUGGACUUGUGACGGUGAUGAAAAAGUAAAGGUCACGGAUACAACUCAAACAGAUAAUAAUAAAUUAUAG